AUGGUGACGGCGACCGCCCUGCAAUCUGCUGCACAUGUGGAGGCUGAGGGCGUGGCAAAAAGGAAGAGAAAACCGUGUUCAGAAGUUCUGAAUGUUUCUGGGUCCACUAAAUCUCAAAAGGUUUAUGUGGAACCUCUAGUUGAUGAAGAACAUAAAGAAGAAAUUAAGCAUAACAUCCCUUAUAAUGAUAAAAAUGACCAUCAUUUUAAAGAGGAAAAAAAUUAUGUGUUCACAACCCAAACUCCAACUGGCUCCCAGUCUGAAAUAUCCGUGAAAGCAACAACUGCUGUGGAUUUUUCUCUAAGAAACUAUAAACUCAAUGAGACAUCUGAAGCACCCAGUGAAGAACCCUCCAUACAAAGAAUUCCAAAAACAACCGAGGUUCCAAAUGAGCCUGCAUUUUGGACAAUGUUAGCUAAAGUUUUAAAUGAAACAGUGCCGGAGGAAGAAUCAAGAGAUCAAUUAUUCCAAGCAAUUCCAAGCUCUGAUUUGAAUGCUACAAGUGAAGACCAAGGAGUAGAAGCACAGGAUAACAAGUUAAAACUAAUGCUGGGCAUCUCCCUGCUGACCCUCCUCCUCUUCACCAUCCUCCUGGCAUCAUCUAGUGCCUUGCUGUACAAACUGAAGACCAGUUAUAACAAGCAACUUGAGCGUCAGUACUCCAUCCACCCCGAGCUGGCAUCGCUGUCCUACUUCCAGCCGGCCCAGGGCGUCUCAGACUCAUCCUUCUCUCGGAGCGCCGAGAGCAGCACCCUUUUGGACCCAGGAAUGGGCAUGACAACCUCGGAUGAAUACAUGCGUUAG